CAAGAGAGGCAGAGCAGAGGGUUUUUGUCUCUCCUCCUCCUGCUCCUUUCAAUUUCUCAAUAGCAGUUUCCUCACUCAGGAUUGGCGGUGGAUUAUCGGUAUUCACGGGUUUCUUUUCUGCUGAUGGAACUACCGCCUGGAGGUGUAAAUACCCAUUUCGUGAAUUUCAUGGGAAUUGAUGGUAGAUUUGGUUAUUCGUAUUGAGAUUGCUUGUGUUGAUUGUUUUAUGCUUGUUUUGGUAUGAAUCAGAUCUCUAUGGAUGAGCACGUGGUAUAACUCAAUUUCUGUCAUCCCUCUCUGGCGGUUUUUGGAAUUGAGGUUUGAGGUUGAAAUUUUCUGGUAUUUGGGUUCGAUUUGCCAAGUGGGUUUCUAAUUUUUUUCUUUUCUUUCGGGGUUUAAGCAAUCAGGAUUGUAAAUUGACAGAUAGAAGAAAGAUUUUAAUUCCAGAAGAAGCCGUCUGGUUUACAUGGAAUUUGUGUUUUUAGUCUGAGAAGUUUACCUCAGGUUUCCCGAUAGUUUUGGUCUUUUGAGGAUGCAUCUAUUUUUUGAUUGGGAAUCAUAGAAUUCCUUGUUCUUUUUGUUUGAGGAGGAUUGGAUAUUGGGAAAGAAUGGAAGAAGGGAUGGACUUUGUUAUAGGGACUGAGGAUAUGCACUUAGAGGAUGAGAUUAACCCUGAAGAGCCUUUGCACACUGAAAUGGAAACUGAGGGGGCUGAAACUGAAACUCCUAAAAAUGAAAUUCGAGGCUUUCUGCAGGAAAAAGGUGAGGGAAGUAAUGUUGUAUUCUCAAGAGAAGCACCUCUUAUAAGUAAAGAGUCAAGAACAGCUGGUGGUUGCAGUUGUGGUGUGAAAAAACUAAAAUCCAGGGAGGUUGUAGCGAAUUCUGAGCUUGGGAAAAAGGAGAAAUCUGGGCAUGAGAAGAAACUUAGCAAACAAGAUAGGAUUGAGUUGGGUCGGUUGUUUCAGGGUGCUAUAAGUUCACAUGACUGGGAACUUGCAGAGAGUUUAAUUUUGUCAGCAGAUCCACAAACUCUUAAUGAUGCAUUGUGCAUAACUCUUGAUGCCAUCUGGUUUUUGAGUACACAGCUGGAGCUUUAUGGGAUUACUGGAUUGAUUAAGAAGAUCAUUGUGAAUGGUGCUUAUGACUUUACAAGAGCUGCUCUUAGGACUUCAUUUCUUGCUUCUUGUGUCUCUGCUUGCCAAAGUCGAACGAUGAGUCUUGCAGACACAGUGACUGUCAUGGCUCACAGGUUGCACGAGCGUCUCCAAGAAUGCAAUGGGGAUGAGGUGUUGAAGGCAGAAGCUGGUGCCAAGGUUCAAAAGUUUACUGAAUGGGCUUUGAAAUGUAUAGGCUUCCAUUCUCGUUGCCAAGAGAAUAAGGAUAGAGUGGAUCACUACUCAGCUGUUGAGAUCCAACUACAGUUAUCUGCAUUCAAGACAUUCUUAGAUCUUGCAGGCAAUCAUCUCACAGGAAAGGAUUUUACAGAGGCGUUUGAUGCAGCUUGUUUUCCUCUUACUCUCUUCUCUAGCUCAUUUGAUCCUGGUUGGGCAUCUGGGAUAUCAGCUACCGUGAUCCAAGGGUUAUUGGGUAUGUUGGUGGAAGGAGGUGCAGACAAUGUAAACCAGUGUUUCCUCGAAGCCUCUCGUUUUGGGAGUACAGAACUUGUGAGGAUUCUGUUGCAGAUUGCCCAGAGGAACAGCUUGGAUGUGGAUGUUGACCUUGCAUUAGGUUUUGCCUCACACUACUGCAAAAUUGGGACCAUGGAGUGUCUAGUGGAAGAGGGUAAUGCCAUAGCAUUUCUUGGCCCUUUGAUGAGAGCAGCUGAGAGGGGUUGCAUGCAGGUUGUCCAGUGGUUUGUGCAAAGGGGUUGCCGGGACAUGGAGCUCUGUCUAGCCCUAACUGCUGCUACUUCCAGUAGCCAAGUUGACGUUGCUGCUUAUCUCCUCCCUCAUGUCCCUCAGCAUGUCCUUGCGGCUCUUAGCAUUGAAAUCCUCAAGGCUGCUGGUGAACGAAGUGGUGGAUCUCUGGAUGGCGUGGCUUUUCUCCUCCGCUCUGAUUUCCUAGGUGAUCCCGCAGCCACGUAUGCUGUUGCAGAUAGCAUUGCUAGGUCUGAAGAUGAUUCAGUUCCUCCUGAACUGAAAGCUUUCCUUCAAAAGCACUGGUCAAAGGCAGCUUUCUUUGAUGGAUUAAACCAAGGCCAUGAACAUUACGUGAACUUUAUGAGGAUUUUGAAGCUGGGAGGAUCUCCCAUAUCCCUAAGUGAUCUCCCAGCACCAUUAAGGGUGGCAAUUGCGUACCUACCCCUAUACAGGGAGUGUCUUCAGGCAGGCGGUUGUUUGUUAUCACAAAGACUUCGGGGGCAGCUCGUUGAAGCCGUUCGAAGGCUUGGUGGUCAGGUCUUAGAAGAGGUACACCAAGGCAGAGAGCUGUUAGCAGUUUUGGAGCAUCACCUUCCUCCAUUUUUGGUUCAGGCUUCCAGUGUCGGGUAGUAAACCGAAUAGCCUUUGGAUAUUACCUCACUCUUUUUCCCUCUACAUUUCAUGUGUCAUAGGUAAUAAUAACAUUUUAGCUGCGGUUAAGAUGACAAGGUUAUGGUUUGUCAAAUUUUUCUUCCAUCAUGUGGUUUGCUUCAGCCACAGGUGUCUCUGCAUAUGUUUGUCACAUACCAUAAGUCCAAGUGAUGUAUGUGGUUCCAUCAUCUUGCAAGACACAGAGCAACUAUAUUCACUACAGGUUGAUAAUAUCAUGGGAAUGUAUAUUAUUAUUAUAAUUAAUUAAUUCUAUACUU